UUCGUUCGGGGAAGUGUGUGGUCUGCACUUGGCUGGAACAAUACCUGAGAUCCCAGAUUUGAUGCCGAAGUGUGUGACGAUAUCCGUCGAUAGGACGAAAUUUGUCAUGGAAGUUAUUAAAGAAGCGCUAGCAUUCGACUCUCAAGAACGUUCGAGUCGAAAGCAGUGGGGAUUCACUGUCGCGCAUUUCAUGUUCGGAUGCCAGAGUGUGUACCCGGAAGAAGUACUAGAUUCUGUCGCCAAGAAAUCUCCAUCUAUGUUGCAAAUGAGGAGAACCAUAUCCCCAACUGAAGAACCGAUGGACGAAGAUCGUAUGUCUCCUGGAAUUCGAAAAGAGCCUGAAGAAUCAAUUUCUUCUGAUGAGCCUCGAAUCAAACAAGAAAUUGAUGACGCUUCGUGGGGAAUCGAUGUUACUGCGGAAGAGGUUGUCGAACUCACUCGACGAACUGCGAAAGAUAAAAUUCAAGCCGUCGGUGUGUAUAUUUUUGAU